AUUUAGAAUCACAAACACGGAAGAAGAAUCAAAAUCAACAUAACCUUUACGGAUACCGAGUUUUGGAAAUAAAAAAUAAAUAAAUUUUCAACAAAUUUCAGGAUAUUACUGAUAUUAGUUUUCAAAAUGCUACCCCUUUCUUUGCUGAGAACUGCACAAAACCAUCCCAUGUUGGUGGAGCUCAAAAAUGGAGAGACCUACAAUGGGCAUUUGGUCAGCUGUGAUAACUGGAUGAAUAUCAACCUGCGUGAAGUUAUUUGUACCUCUAGGGAUGGUGAUAAGUUCUGGAGGAUGCCUGAAUGCUACAUUCGUGGUAGCACUAUCAAGUAUCUACGUAUUCCUGAUGAAGUUAUUGAUAUGGUCAAGGAGGAAGCUGUUGUCAAAAAUAAGGGACGUGGUGAUAUGAAAGGUGGAAGAGGGGGACAGAACCAGAGGAAUAGACCUGCUGCCAGAGGUAACUUUGGGGGUAGGACCGGCAAACCUGGCAACCAAGGUGGUAGAAAUCCACCAUUUCAGAAGCAGAAGCCAAAACAGUAAUAUCACCAAUCCAUUUGUAAUAUUUUUCUCAUUUCAUCAUUUUGUGAUAAUGUU